AUAGGCCUAUAUAUAUUAAUGCCAAGAAAAGCAUGCUACACCCCGGUCGCAAAAAGAAAGAGCUGCCUGUCACUAGUAGUUAUACACAAUAUAAGCCAAACAUACAUCACUACUGAGAUGGAGAGAACAGAUUCAAUAUUUCAGCCCCCAACUAAUGAGAAAUAUAUUACAGUCCUUAGCAUUGAUGGUGGUGGAGUAAGAGGUCUGAUCCCAGCUGUCAUCCUUGAAUUUCUUGAAGCUAAACUUCAGGAAAAAGAUGGAAAGGAUGCAAGAAUAGCAGACUAUUUUGAUAUAAUUGCUGGGACAAGUACUGGUGGUCUCAUUACGGCUAUGUUAACAGCUCCAAAUGAGAAAAGGCGUCCUUUGUUCUCGGCUCAGGAAAUCAAAGAAUUCUACCUCCAACACUGCCCUAGGAUCUUCCCUCAAGAUUGGCGUUAUAAAUUUAGAAAAAUUAUCAAGAGCAUAAGGGGUCCACUGUAUGAUGGACAAUGCCUCCAUGACACCAUAAGGGAGUAUCUUCCAGACAAUAUCAAAUUAGGAGAUACAUUAACAAAUGUAGUUAUUCCAGCCUUUGACAUCAAUAAACUCCAGCCAGUUAUCUUUUCCAGCUAUGAGAUUAAGGAAAAACCAUACAUGAACUUUAAGCUGUCGGAUAUUUGCAUAGCAACAUCAGCGGCGCCAACAUAUCUUCCUCCCCAUUAUUUUGAGACUGAACGUGAGAAGAAAGAGAAGAUUAAAUUUAAUCUUAUUGAUGGUGGCGUGGCAGCAAAUAAUCCGACACAAAUUGCGAUUGGAGUAAUUGGCAAACAACUUCCCUCUUACCAAUUUCCAGAAUAUAGUCGCUAUUUGGUCAUAUCUAUAGGAACAGGCGACUGCAAAAUGGAAGGAGAUUAUACAACAGCCGAGGCUAAAAAGUGGGGCUUGUUUGGAUGGUGGUACAAUGCUAAUGGCUCUAAACCCUUAGUUGAUAUUUUCACUCAAGCUAGCACUGACAUGGUGGAUUUCCAUCUUUCUAAUGUCUUCCAUAACCAUAACGUCCAAAAAAAUUACCUACGAAUCCAGGAGGACAAGUUGGAAAGGACAGUGUUUCCCCUAGACAAAGCUACCAAGGAAAAUAUGGAUCGUUUGAUCGAUAUUGGUAAAAGUUUACUUGAAAAGAAGGUUUCAACCGUCAACUUUGAAGACGGCAGAAUGUCCCCUGCAGAAAUAAAACAAAUGCUAAGGCACUCGAAAAAUUUGCGAAAAAACUUUCAGACGAGAAGCAUCGUCGUGAAUCGGAAAAUAAAGCCAAUUCUGAAUCACCCGAGAAAUAAGCAUUGCGUAAAGGAUGCAUCUGUGAAGAACCCAACAAAAUAAAAUAUGUACUUGUUUUUGUAACUUUUUUUAGCUUUAGUAUAUUGCACCUUUUGUUAAAGUUUUGAUGAUAAUGUCUUUAAUAUUGCAUUCCAAUCUGGGUAUUUCUUUUAGUUUGUGGACAAUCAUUUUCUUUUAGAAAAAGGUUACUAUCUCAA